GCCCCAGCGACUUCCUGCCGUGGAUUCUUUGCGCCAUGGCUGACGUCUUGGAGAUCUUGGAGGAUGUCAUUGCGUUAGAUGAGGUCCAAUCAGCUGCGCAGGCAUUUAUGCGAUCCAAGCUGCCGCUCUUUGAAGGCAUCGACAUGCACAAUGCCCUCGAACUGCAGGAGCAGCGCUUGGAGUGGCAUGCAGCGUACCGGGAGUACGUGGCCCUGAUGGAGGAGCGGGUGCUGUCCGCCUGCGCGGUGGAAGUGCCGGAGGUCUCGCGGGAGGCCAUCCUGGCCCAGCUCGCGGCAGUCUCGGAUGAGGCAGAUGAGGAUCGCAAGCACGCGCGCUUCCUGCUCAGCAUGUUCGAAUACAG